AUGUCUUCGAUCAAAGAAAAAAAUGAUCUGCCGGGAUUAGAGGCUGAAGAGUCUCUGCUGUAUUCAGCUAGACAUGGCGAGCUAUCGGUUGUAAAAGCCCUUUUAGAAGCCAAAGCAGAUACCAAAAUAACAUUAGAUAUUAACUGCAAAGGUAAAAGUAAAAGUAACUUGGGAUGGACUCCCCUCCAUUUAGCUACAUAUUUUGGUCAUGUGGAUGUUGUCAAAGUAUUAUUAGAAGGAGGUGCAGAUGUAGAUGAGGUUAAUGACACGGGUGAUACUGCAUUACAUAAGGCUUCUUUCAUUGGAAAUGAGAAUUUAGUGAUUCUUUUGCUGCAACACAAAGCAGAUGUCAACAUAAUGAAUGGAGAAGGUCGCACAGCAUGUGAUGUAUGCAAAACACGUGAUGUGCAACGCUUAAUAGAAGCAGCUCAGCGUGCAGAAAGACACGAGAGAGAGCAGAAACUACUCACAGCAGCUAAGGAGGGUCGAAUAGAUGAUAUACAGGAGUUGCUUAGCAGUUCGAAUCCGCCGAAUAUAAAUUGCGUUGAUGCUCAAGGCAACACAUGCUUACAUUGCGCGGCAUAUAGAGGGCAUGCACGUCUCGCCAUCUUGCUGCUGCAAAAUGGUGUCGAUACUACGCUACGGAAUAAUAGUGGCCAACUAGCUAUUGAUCUGGCCAAAGACAACGAGAUGCGUGAGGUGCUCAGUGUUCGGCCAGUGCAGCGGUUGCAGCGAACCGCGGCCAGGUUCGAAGGGCCACUGCUGAAGCGAUCCAGAUUCUUAGGCUGGAGACCUGUCUGGGUGAGCAUUCUUUCUUAA